AUGGUUUCCGUUUCGCUUCUCCCUAGGAAGGGGAAUUGCACCAAGUAUUUCCCACAUGCAGGACAUCUGGGUCUUUCACCUGUUUUAGUCGCCGGAACGAUCAAGUUGGACUCGAGAGACGAAGGAGAACAUGUCGACGUGGCCCAAAUCCUAGUCCGACUGCGGUGCUAUGAAGCGGUUGGCGGGCAAGCACAACUCAGCAAACCCUUGACCGAGAACCACCUUCCCGAAAACUUGAACAUCCUAUGGGAGACUGCGUCUGAGAUUUGGCCACCUCCGGACACUCCCCGUACAUCCAACCUCCUCACGGGCGACUAUCAAAACGACUGGAAGUUAAUUGUUCCGCGAUCAGCCACUGAUCAGAAUCAUCUCGGAAUGGCCAUCGGUUCGAUGACAUACAAAAAUUGGAGGAGCUGGUGGCAGUUAGAGGCAGUCGUCCGUGGACCACGCGGGGAGAGGACCAUUACAAAGUGUUAUCCCCUUCAUCUCACCAACUUCCACAACUUGUCCUCCGUUGGAACUCUGACGCGCAUUCAUGGAUCCGCCAAAACGCACCGGAUCAGUUAUUCGCUUUCUUGUCCUACUCAAAUCUCAUGUGGAGAUUAUCUCACAGUAUCACUCUCGCUGAGCACCGACUUUUCCUCAGAAAAUCAUUCGGAUCUGCCCAAAUUUAAAAAGGUGAUCAUAGCCCUUGAGCGGACUUUGGUGACGGAUACGGAAUUAAUCGACCGGACAGAUGUGGGGCAUUCUCCCUGCCAUGCACCAAAACACUCAUUUUCGUCGACUUCAUCGUCAGACGGCCCUGCUCCGGCCGCCCCCAGGUUGAGAUCGAUUCGAAGCCAUGGCAGACUCCAUCUGAAGGCGAACUUACUACCUGCGUUGCGUCCCUGCCGAAAACCCGUCGUUUCUGUUGUCGAAGCAGCCGAGAUCCCCAUUACAUCCUCCGAUCGAGAUAAAAGAACGACUCCCAGGUCGGGGUUUGCAUGGAGUGGACGUGUAGACCUGACCAUUCCGCGUCCUAAAAGCGUGUACCAUUAUUCCAUUGGAGAUACAUGCAAGACAAAAUUUAUAUCAGUCACUUACCAUGUAACGGCAAAGGUUGUUGUCAAAACCAAAAGCAAAGACACCAAAACCGUCAGCCUAGGUGCUUGCGAAGUCGAACUCAGUUCCGUACCUACCUUGGACCGUGAAGCCGCAUGCCGAAGUUACAAAAAACACGUUCCACAUCUCGGGAAAUUUCAAGGAAUCCCAGCUUCUGUAUCGUGCGAUGAUCAGCAGACUCUCGGUCAGCCUCAGCCGAAGGCUGUAACACCAACUACGAUGACAUUGUAA